GAGGCGGCCACCUCGGCGGCGCAUCCCGGGAAGAGUCGGGACCUCCCCACCGCCCUCCUCCUCCUCCCACCGUUAGCGGCUCCUCGUCCCGGGGAGAGUGGAGCUGCCGCCCGAGCUGGGACCCGCUGGCUGACACCUCCGGGACGCCGGGCUGCGGGGACGGAGCUGGAGCUGCCCGCCUGGAGCAGAGGAGGGGGAAGCACCGCUUGCCUGCCCGGAGCGGCGGGCGCUGAGCGCCCGUCCCGGCGGCCCGGGAGCCACCCGGAGAAGGUGUCCUGUGACGGCCCUUGAUCAGAAAGGCUGCAAGUCAUGUAAGAGCCGCAGUAACUGCAGAGUCUCUGAUGGAUAAUUGGAUUGGGAGUAAUAUGUGGGAGGCUGUGGACUAUUUGCUUCCGACAUAGGAACAGCAUUGAGUUGGGAUUCUGCACUCCUGAGAGAAUGCUGGGAAUCUGCAGAGGGCGACGGAAAUUCCUGGCUGCCUCUCUGACCAUCCUUUUUGUCCCAGCCAUUACGUGGAUUUAUCUGUUUCCUGGGAGUUUUGAAGAUGGGAAGCCGGUGUCGCUGUCCCCGCUGGAGUCACAGCCCCACAGCCCUCGGUACACGGCGUCGAGCCAGCGGGAGCGUGAGAGCCUGGAGGUGCGCGUGCGGGAGGUGGAGGAAGAGAACCGCGUGCUGCGCAAGCAGCUCAGCCUGGCACAGGGCCGAGGCCCAGCGCACCACCGCGCCAACCACUCCAAAACAUACUCCAUGGAAGAGGGCACGGGCGACAGCGAGAGCCUGCGGGCUGGCAUCGUGGCGGGGAACAGCUCCGAGUGCGGCCAGCAGCCGGUGGUGGAAAAGUGUGAGACUAUCCACGUUGCCAUUGUCUGUGCAGGGUACAACGCCAGUCGGGAUGUUGUCACACUCGUCAAGUCUGUCUUGUUUCACAGGCGAAACCCACUCCACUUUCACCUCAUCGCAGAUGCGAUUGCCAAACAGAUCCUGGCAACUCUGUUCCAGACAUGGAUGGUCCCUGCUGUGCGCAUAGACUUCUAUGAUGCAGAUGAGCUCAAGUCUGAAGUGUCUUGGAUCCCCAACAAACACUACUCUGGGAUUUACGGGCUGAUGAAGUUGGUUCUGACUAAGACUCUACCUUCCAAUCUUGAGCGAGUCAUUGUCCUCGACACAGACAUUACAUUUGCCACUGACAUUGCUGAGCUAUGGGCCGUCUUUCACAAGUUCAAAGGGCAGCAAGUUCUUGGCUUGGUGGAGAACCAGAGUGAUUGGUAUUUGGGCAACCUUUGGAAGAACCAUCGGCCCUGGCCAGCGCUUGGGAGGGGCUACAACACAGGGGUGAUCUUGCUGCUUCUCGAUAAGCUGCGGAAGAUGAAGUGGGAGCAGAUGUGGAGACUCACGGCGGAGCGGGAGCUGAUGAGCAUGCUGUCCACUUCACUGGCUGACCAGGAUAUCUUCAAUGCAGUCAUCAAACAAAAUCCCUUCCUUGUCUACCAGCUCCCAUGUUUCUGGAAUGUGCAGCUUUCUGAUCACACCCGUUCCGAGCAGUGCUACAGAGAUGUGUCUGACCUGAAGGUGAUUCACUGGAACUCACCGAAGAAGCUGCGAGUGAAAAACAAGCAUGUGGAGUUUUUCCGCAACCUCUACCUGACAUUCCUGGAAUAUGAUGGGAAUUUGCUGAGACGGGAACUCUUUGGCUGCCCCAGUGAAGCAGAUGUUAACAGUGAAAAUCUCCAGAAGCAGCUGUCUGAGCUGGACGAGGAUGACUUGUGCUAUGAAUUCCGUCGGGAACGCUUCACCGUCCAUCGCACUCAUCUGUAUUUUCUCCAUUAUGAGUAUGAGCCUGCUUCAGACAACACCGAUGUGACACUGGUGGCACAACUGUCUAUGGACAGGCUCCAGAUGCUUGAAGCCAUCUGCAAGCACUGGGAAGGUCCCAUCAGCCUGGCACUCUACCUUUCCGAUGCAGAAGCCCAGCAAUUCCUGCGCUACGCUCAGGGCUCAGAAGUCCUGAUGAGCCGCCACAACGUUGGCUACCACAUCGUGUACAAGGAGGGGCAGUUCUACCCUGUGAACCUGCUCAGGAACGUGGCCAUGAAGCACAUCAGCACACCAUACAUGUUUCUGUCCGACAUCGACUUCCUGCCCAUGUAUGGACUCUACGAGUACCUCAGGAAGUCUGUCAUCCAGCUAGACCUAGCUAACACCAAGAAAGCUCUGAUUGUACCUGCCUUUGAGACCCUACGCUACCGCCUUUCCUUCCCCAAGUCAAAAGCAGAGCUGUUAUCUAUGUUGGACAUGGGAACCCUCUUUACAUUCAGGUACCACGUCUGGACGAAAGGGCACGCGCCAACCAAUUUUGCCAAGUGGCGAACAGCCACCACCCCCUACCGUGUGGAGUGGGAGGCAGACUUUGAGCCAUACGUCGUCGUGAGGAAGGACUGCCCGGAGUAUGACAGGCGCUUUGUGGGAUUUGGCUGGAACAAAGUAGCUCACAUCAUGGAACUGGAUGCACAGGAGUACGAGUUCACGGUGCUGCCCAACGCCUACAUGAUCCACAUGCCGCACGCGCCCAGCUUCGACAUCACCAAGUUCCGCUCCAACAAGCAAUACCGCAUCUGCCUCAAGACGCUCAAGGAGGAGUUCCAGCAGGACAUGUCGCGCCACUACGGCUUCGCGGCCCUCAAAUAUCUCACAGCAGAGAACAACAGUUAGCGCCGCGGAGCCCACACGUGGCCAGCAGGGACACCGAGGCAAGAGCCACUCAGCCUUUGGGGCCUGGUCUUCACACUUCAAACUGAGAAAUACUUCCCGUUUUUAUAUCAUACUCGGCAGUUCUAACAGUAGAAAUUUGAAGUGACAUGUCUUGGGACUAUGCUCAUUCAUCCCUUCCCCAACUACCCCAAGCCUGUCGGCUUUAGCGUUCAUGAGGCGUCUGCAAGUGGGGCCAGCCGGUCGCCCUGCAAGCCACCCAAGGUGGGGACUGGGCAGGGGCUGGGAUUGCACUCUGCUCUCUUGACUGCAGAGCACAGACAGACCUUCAGAAUACAGGAUUUCAUGUUGCUAUUUAAUAAUUUGACAUGCUUUUUAUCUGUAAAGGAAGAUCUUCGGGUCGCUGUCCUGUGAAUUUCAAAUCUGCACUACUCUAAAAGGGAACUUUCACCUGUGAACUUUCACAGGGGCCCUGUUAAUAUGGAUGACCUUGUUAAUGCAGGAUGAGCCAAAGGUCUGAAUUAGCCUUGAAAACACAGGGGACACUUACACAAUACUGCACUCCUGAGAAGGUGUGUUACUGAUUCAGUUGUAUACAUGAUAUUGGUUGGUCUUCAUUUCUCAAAUUAUUUUUUUUUCCAGGAAAAUCCCCUAUAUCCCACCCCACCUUUGCCCCAGUCCUAAAUGCUGCUCCUUUUCCUUGCCAAGGAAAUAUCUCCCUUGUGUUUCUUUGCCAUCUUCGGUUUUGGUGGUCCAGUAAAGAAGAUCAGUAGCUCUGCCAGAAAGUGAACAAAACUUGUCAGUUUAAGGUCUGUUUUCAUCAGAACAACUUGUUCACAUGUGUCUCAUAAGAUAAAGGACCCGGCUCUAACCCUUUAUCUUUUUUAGGCAAGAAUUGGAUUUUAGCUAUAAGGCACAUUGUACCAGGGGAAUACUGAUUUGUAGGCUCAUUUCAGUGCUGCCCAUCUGUGAAGGCACUGGGCCUUAGGCUUUAAGUGGACUUCUUUGCUGAACAGUGAAUAUAAACUAGUAAAAAGGCAACUAGUAGCCUUGGUGCUCUCCUGCUGCCUGCUGCAAGGUCUCAGAACUACUUCGUUAAAGGAGUUUAUAAUUAAAAGGAGCAGAACUGUUAGGAAUAAACUCCCCAUUGGACGGGGAGAAAAGAAUGUGUUGGGAAUCUGAGUGAGUGUUUGUUUGAACGUGGACUGGUCAAGUUCACAACAUCGGUACACACAGGAGUUUGCUGGAGGGCGAACAGGAACCUAACAAGCAAAAUGCAGAAAACAAGACACUGGACUUUUUGCCAUUUUCUUUAUCUUCAGUAUUAAUGUUGUGUUUACAUGGGAGGAAGAGAUGAGGUGCACUACCCCUUGCAGGGCUAUUUGUAAUUUCUGUUGCAAUGUUAAUAGAAAAAGCAGAAAUAACUCAGUGAGAAACGUGUCUGUCUCCCUGCCCCAAAAACACCAAACAGCCACAUGUACCAAUACCACUGCCUGAGCUGGGAAAUGGAUCCAUAUUGUGUUCUGCUCACAUUUUUCCAUUUUGUUUUUCAGCCACUGGACCUUCUACUUUCUUCCCCACCUCAUCCCUCUAGAGCUUGGUUUUAUUUCUAACCUGACAUUUUGUGAGAGAUUUCUGUUACGGUGGAAACCACGCAGUUAAACCAGACAUUUAAACUACAAAUAUCAGUUCAUCAUUCUGUGUAUAUAUAAGAAAAGCCAAAAAAGGCAAUAUCUUUGACAAGAAAUAAAAAGGGGCGGGAGGCUGUGUGUAGUUUUCACUUUUUCCCCUGAGAGUGUUGGCUGCAUAAGAAUAUAUCACUGCAUAAUUUUCCAAAGAGCUUUCUUUUCUGUUCUUAAUGGCUUUAUGCAAAGAUUUACAUAAAAAGCUGGAGAGAGCUGGAAAGAAGUGAAAUUGGUGCUCAGUUCUAGCUAAGAUACAUUAUUUUAAAAACAUCAAAGUUUUAAGUCCCCAAGUCCUGUAUUACUGUAUUACAUUAAAGGCACAGGUCACUGUGCUGAUGGAGAAUGAGAAGAACCCUGCAGCACAGACUGUUGAUUAGCCAGGGUGCAGAAAGAUCCUAAAAGCUGACCUGAGAGGGGCUAACAGUCCUUGAAACAUGACACCUACAUGAAAUCUCCAAUCAGAGCUUCAGUGUGGCCACCAUUAUGUUCCAUAUGUACUAAAAAUUUUCAUUUCCAGAUGUACUUUUCUCCUUGGCUUAACAACGUUGCCAAAGGAUGGACUGGAUUUCCCUGCAGCGGCAUAACCUGGACAUUACUUGGCUGUGCCAUCAUCAGCAUUCUUCUCAUUAUUCUGUUCUCAGUGGUGAAGGAUGGGGGAGCAGGGAGGUAAUGAUUUGCUACUUGCCUGACUGUCCAGUGAGUCUUGGAACCUCCUGGAUAGACUUAGGUGUGCUGGCUGGUGUAACCAGCUCAGAGAUUGGUAGCAGGUACAAAGAGUCCCUUUUUUUGUCCUUACAGACACUGUACUGACUUGUAUCUGUCAUGUCAUGUCUGUCUCUGUGCUUCAUAAUUUGAGAGGUGUGGGUCUUGGGGUUUUUUUGCACAUUUCAAACAAUUUACCUGAUGGUAAGUUAGGAUUACAUAUCUGUCUGUAACUGCCAGGGCUCCUUCAACACCGUGAAAAAAUCCACCACAGACAACAAAAAAAAAAUUCCCAACUCAGUUAUAACACUGGCUGUCUUCCAGUGCUCUGCUGUAGUAAGUAUUUGCUAGGAACUUUGUUACUUAAUUCUCAGUUUUUUCCUGAAAUCUCCCAGAAAUAGCAGAUAAACCUGGUGACUUAAUGCCUUUGAUUUAUUGAUUUGUUCCACCAACUUCUCUCUUGAGUCUUCAAUCUAUGACCUCUCCUUAUCUUUGAUAUUUGGGAAGUGUGAGUCUCUCAUUUAGAUACCACUCCAGCACCCUCCCAGUGAAGACUGAUGCAAAUAAAUCAUUUAGAUUCUUGGCAAUGUCCUUAUUGUCUUUAAUUGUUUCUUCUACUUGUUUGGGGUGGCCUGCCCAUUAUCUACACUUUCUGCUUUUGGUGUACUGAGCAAAUGUUCAUUUUCAGUUUUAACUUCCUACUGUUUGCUCUUCAGAUUCCCUCUUAGCUUCCUCAAACUCCAUCUUAACUAUUAUAUACCUUCCUUUCAGCUUUACACAGUCUUAUUUCCUUUCUCUGAAGGUUUCCUAUUUGGCCUGAAUAACUUCUAACAUUUCCCAUUUAGUCAUAUCAACAUUUCCUUGUUGUUGUCUUCCAUUCAUCCAGGGGGUACCAUAUUCCAUG